AUGGCUCAGGACUCCGCCUCUCAUAAUCCAAUCGGCGUCUCGUUUGGUAAUCUGACGGAGCCGCCACCACCGAUUGACGAGGAUACGAAGACGAAGAUUUCCGAAGCGGUAGACAAGGAUCCGACGGGCCAGAGACUAGGGGGCCAGGGUAUAGACGAUCUAGAAAAGCCGGAAAAGACCUUGGAUCUUGAGCGUCAUCGCGCCGAGACAGUGACCAAGUUCGCCCGGACAAACCAUUGA